CUGCAGAGGGGAGUCUGGGAGCGCGCGGGCAGGAGUGGGAGUCCGGGAGCGCGCGUGCUGCAGAGGGGAGUCUGGGAGCGCGCGUGCUGGAGACGGGAGUCCGGGAGCGCGCGUGCUGCAGAGGGGAGUCUGGGAGCGUGCGGCGAGCGGCCUUGCCCGGGCAGCGGCCGGCGCAGGCCCCGCCCCUAGCGCAGGCGAGUCCAUUGGGGUCCCUGAGGAGGGGAGGCCUAAUGUGAUGACGUCCGCUAGGCCGGGCACCGUGUCCCGAUAGUUCUGAGGGGCCCACUCUGCCUUCUCGGGCCGUUUCCAGAAGGUCCCGCCUCGGUGGGAUGCCACCCCCCGUCCCGCGCGGUAGGCUCGUCCGGGCAGGCCGCGGAGGGGCUGGCGGGAGAUUUGCAGUUGGCGGGAUCUGGAGCUCACCCUGUCCUCCGUUCUCUCGCCACCAUGCCCUGCUCUGAAGAGGUAACCGUAAGCCCCCCAAGCAAGCAGGCCCGGCCGGAGGAGCCCACCUCCCGACUGCGCUUUGUGCGGCUCUCGGAGCACGCCACGGCGCCCACCCGGGGGUCCGCACGCGCUGCCGGCUACGAUCUGUACAGUGCCUAUGAUUAUACAGUCCCACCUAUGGAGAAAGCCGUUGUGAAAACAGACAUUCAGAUAGCUGUUCCUUCUGGGUGCUAUGGAAGAGUAGCUCCAUGUUCUGGCUUGGCUGUAAAACACUUCAUGGAUGUAGGAGCUGGUGUCAUAGAUGAAGAUUAUAGAGGAAAUGUUGGUAUUGUGCUGUUUAAUUUUGGGAAGGAGGAGUUUGAAGUAAAAAAAGGUGAUCGAAUUGCACAGCUCAUUUGUGAACGGAUUUUCUAUCCAGAAUUAGAAGAAGUUCAGGCUUUGGCUGACACUGAAAGGGGUUCAGGAGGUUUUGGUUCUACUGGAAAGAACUGAAAUUUUGGCCAAGAAUAAAAAAUGAAAGAAACCUGUUUUUUCUGAAAAAAUAAAGAUUUACUUGAAGUA